CAACCAAUUAAAUUAACGCACUGAACUUCUUUCAACUUCCGGUUCCGCCUCUCCUUCUCUUCCGGAUUUCGUAGCGUGACCGACGUUUCGUGUCUAUUUAGACUUAAAAAAUGCGUUACGUGGCCGCUUACCUCCUCGCUUCACUGGGUGGAAACACCAGCCCCUCUGCAAAGGACAUCAAGAACAUCCUAGGUAGCGUGGGGAUUGAGGCCGAUGACGAACGCUUGAAUAAAGUCAUCAGUGAGCUGAAUGGAAAGGACAUCAAUGACGUCAUGAAUUCAGGCCUCUCCAAGUUAGCCUCUGUACCAGCAGGUGGUGCUGUAGUGGCACCUGCCGCUGCUGCUGGUGGGGCCGCUGGAGCUGGGGCUGCCCCUGCUGCUGCGGAAGAGAAAAAGGAAGAGAAAAAAGAAGAAUCAGAAGAGUCAGACGAAGAUAUGGGCUUUGGGCUCUUUGAUUAAUCUUCCUUCUCUUUGUAUAAAAAGCAAUAAAAAUGUAAAAGGUUUACACACA